AUGUCCCAACACAAGAUUGACACUCCUCACACGAAGAGGGAGCUGAUCGGACGUGGAUCCUAUGGUUCAGUCUUUAAAGGAAUGCACACUAAAACGAAAGAGGUUGUUGCUAUAAAAGUACUGAAUUUGGAUACGGAGGAAGAUGAAGUCAGCGACAUUCAGAAGGAAAUUGCUGUUCUUAGUGAGCUCAAGAUGUGUGAAGCCCAAAACAUUAUUAUGUACAGAGGAUCUUACCUUGUGGGAACACAUCUUUGGAUCAUCAUGGACUACUGUCAAGGAGGAAGUGUUCGUACCCUUAUGGAAGCUGGCAGCAUUGACGAGUUACAUAAUUCUAUCAUCAUACGUGAAACCCUACUCGCUCUACAGUUCAUUCACCGAGCAGGAAUUAUCCAUCGGGAUAUCAAAGCUGCAAACAUCCUUAUUUCACAGCAUGGAGAUGUCAAACUCUGCGAUUUUGGCAUUGCUGCACAACUAAACAUAGGUCGCCGGAAGCGUACUACAUUCAUCGGCACACCGUACUGGAUGGCUCCCGAAGUGAUUCGAGACGGCCAAGAUUACAAUUACAUGGCCGAUAUCUGGUCGCUUGGAAUCACAACAUACGAAAUAGCUACUGGCAUGCCGCCGUUUGCGAAAGAAGAUCCCCUGCGUGCUGUUUAUUUAGUCGCAAAUUCGGAAUCUCCUCGACUAGAAGGUAAUUUUAGCUCUUUAAUUAAAGAGUUUGUCUCUCUUUGUCUUCAGCAGGUUCCUGAAGAACGACAAAGUGCUACUGAACUGUUGAAGUCGAAGUUUAUUCGGUACUACUCGCGUUCGUCUACUACUGAGUUACAACCGUUGAUUCGCCGAUACGAAAGAUGGAAAAGUGCAGGCGGUGUUCGUCAGAGUCUAGCCAUCGGACCUACAGAUGAUGAAAGCGGUAAUUCCUCCGGUUCAAGUGACGAGUUAGACUCUGACGAAGGUUGGGAGUUCGGUACUAUUAAGGGAUCAGCAGCUGAGACCACUGAUUCAGAUGCAUCCAAAAAUUCAGAAGGCCAAAGCGUUACUGAUUCUUAUCAAGAAACUUUAAAACCCACCAAGAAUGACCCUGAAGCCUCCCAUCCUUUAAUGCAACUCUUUCAAAGUAAUUCCCCUCCUCCGUCCGCUCCUCAUUCCUCAUCUAAUUCCCAUUCAAAUUCCACAACAAGUGACCCUGCUGAUCAUCAAUCAUCCUUUUCUCAAAUUGAGCUUCCCACAUUCGACUUACCCACGAAAACUACAAAAUCAAUGGCAGGUGACUUGCCCAAGCCACCUGUAAAUGCUGAAACAAAUGAGCUUGCUCACUAUAAAAUUCGUGGAAAGUCCAAGAACGCUCUUGAGUCCGCGCCUGUUCGUCCAUUACCUCGUCUCCUUCAACGACAGCGUACCGAAAUAGAUAAACGCGGAUUAUCAAUGUCGCCGGGUUUGGCUAACCCUCGAAAACCGCACUCACAAACUGCAGAUGAUAAGGCACCUCUUCGUUCUAUGUCGAUGGGGGCUUUUGAAAAUGCCGGUAGUGCAGAACAAAACACUAGACUUCCAUCCGUUAACGACCAUAAACCGACACCUCUUACUAAUAGACAACCUAGCACAGCUCCUCAUCCAAAACCCCCAGCGCGGGCGUCACUUGACUCUUCAACGAGCAUGAUGAAUGCUAGAGUAGCAAGUCAGCCUGUGAAGCCGUUUGUUUCCAAAUUGCGUGCGCGGCUUGCUCCACUUACUAUUUCUCAACAGAAUUUAGCAACGGGAAAUAAUGCAUGCGAGUUAGUGAAUGUUAGGCCUUUGAACAUGGAGAUUUUUAAUGAUCCUCCAAACGGCAUUCACAAUAAAGCGAUCAUAAAGGUUGAACUGGAUGGCCUGUUAAGUGAUAUGGAGAACUGCUUAAAGCUGUUCGAGGUGGGUUUACAGAGUUUUAAAAACACAUAA